UGCCAACCUUUGCGCUCCCUCCCAGCCGUCAUGGUGGGCCUGAAGCCCCCCGAGGUGCCCCCCACGGCCACCGUCAAGUUCUUCAGCGCCGGGACGGCCGCCUGCAUCGCUGACCUCUGCACCUUCCCGCUGGACACGGCCAAAGUGCGGCUGCAGAUCCAGGGCGAGGUGAGGAUCCCACGCAGCACCAACACGGUGGAGUAUCGGGGUGUGCUGGGCACGCUGAGCACCAUGGUGAGGACUGAGGGGCCCCGCAGCCUCUACAGCGGGCUGGUGGCCGGGCUGCAGCGGCAGAUGAGCUUCGCCUCCAUCCGCAUCGGGCUCUACGACUCUGUGAAGCAGCUCUACACCCCUAAAGGGGCUGACAGCACGGGGCUGCUGGCUCGGCUGCUGGCAGGAUGCACCACGGGGGCCGUGGCCGUGACAUGCGCCCAACCCACCGACGUGGUCAAGGUGCGGUUCCAGGCUCUUGGGGCGCUGCCUGAGAGCAACCGUCGGUACAACGGCACCGUGGAUGCCUACAGGACCAUCGCCAGGGAGGAGGGAGUGCGUGGGCUGUGGAGAGGGACGAUGCCCAACAUCGCCCGCAACGCCAUCAUUAACUGCGGCGAGCUCGUCACCUACGACCUCAUCAAGGACGCGCUGCUGCGGGCGCAGCUGAUGACGGACAACAUCCCCUGUCACUUCGUGGCCGCUUUCGGGGCUGGAUUCUGCGCCACAGUGGUGGCGUCACCGGUGGACGUGGUGAAGACGCGGUACAUGAACGCGGGCCCCGGGCAGUACCGCAAUGUGCCGAGCUGCCUGCUGGCCCUGCUGCUGCAGGACGGUGUCGCUGGUCUCUACAAGGGGUUCGUCCCCUCCUUCCUGCGCCUCGGCUCCUGGAACGUGGUGAUGUUCAUCUCCUAUGAGCAGCUGCAGCGCCUGGUGAUGCUGGCCCGGUCUGCACCGCCCUGAUGGACCCCAGCCCCAAAUCGUCAGCGCUGAUGAGCUGCAGCAGUCAAUUAUAUUAAUUGCUGGAGCGGCGGGGAAGGGAGACAGCAAAGGUCCCCCUGAGCCUAUGGGAUGAGAGGGACCAAAGGUGGCUCGUGAGGGACCAGCAGGAGGAGAACAGACAGAGAGGGAGGAUGGAGGUGACCAGAUGGAGGUAUAUGGAUGGAUGGAGGUGUCUGGAUGAUGGAGGUGUGCGCAGCGGAGCAGGGAGAGGAAGGAAGAAGGCCUUGAGGUUUUCCAGUUAGGAGCUUCCCAGCAGCAGUGGGAUGGACAGGUGGGGAGGAGCAUUAUGGCAUGGGGGAUGCGGUAAGUCCAGGUGUUCCUCACUGAUGCUUCAAAUAAAUCACCCCUAUGGGGUCUAUCCCAGUA